UUGACUAUUGUCUCCUUGUGUCAGUGGAGGAGAAAACAGGCCGGUCUCCUAACCUCCUGCAGCUCUUCUUCUGACGGCCGGCUGCUGGUCUGUGCUUCAGAUCCUCAGAACUGUGUCUCCAUCUGCGAGGCCGCCAGCGGACAGACGCUGCACCUUCUCACCGGUACGCCCCCCCCUCACUGCACCUCAUCAGGAGGUUACCGAUACGUCACGGUUAAGUUAGCAGUACUUUACUUGUUUUCCCAACCAGAUCAUCACCGCUCCACCAUCACACGGUGUCGGUUCGACCCACGGACCCAGCGAGUUGUCACGGUGUCGGCAGACAGAGGCAUCAAACUGUGGGACCUGCUGGCACAGAAAACCACCGUGUCCAUCAACAGUAACCAUGGCAACGUGGUCUCCAACUGCUGCUUCACCAGCAGCGGGUACUUCCUGUGCACUGCAUCUUGGGAUAAAAGCCUGAAGCUGUGGGACCUGCAGACAGGAGGGUUUCGAUCUCAGGGAGGAACGACGCUACAGAGAGGCCAUGAAGGCAUUGUGAGCUCAUGCUGCUUCUCUGCCGAUGCAACCCUGUUGGUGUCUGGCUCUUACGAUAGUACUGUUGCACUCUGGGAUACGUGUUCCAGCAGCAGGACUCUGGGUCCUGAAGGCCACUCUGAUUGGGUGACAGAUGUGUCAAUCACUGCUGACAGGAAGCUGGUCGCCUCCGCCUCCAAGGACACGUCAGUGAGGUUGUGGAACAUAGACAAGGAAAUCCCAGAAGUGAUGAAGAGCAGAAGGACUGAUGGACUCCAGACGUGUGAGGAGUGUACAAAGUCGUUGCCGCCUUCCAGACUUCAGACGUCAGAGACGCCCACCCGUUGCUUCUCCUGUCGACCUGUCCUGUCCUCCACCAACCGACCACAGCCUCCACCACUCAUGUGACUUCCCAUCAGGAGGUUGCAGGUC